GUUGCGCUCGCACCUCAGGAGGGCGGAUCCUCUACGUACGCGCGCACUUCAGGGGGGCGGAUCCUCUACGUACGCGCGCACUACGGAUCUUCGACCAAAAGUAAGCUAGUUAGCUGACGUUACGCGGAUAAACCCGUUGUUGUUGUUUUCUAUGACACGCGCCGACUGAGAUCAUGUGCGGAAGGACAGCCUGCACCCUCGCCCCGGAUGAGCUCCGGCGCGCUUCUCGUUACCGAGACCGGUCCGGACAGCGGCGGCAGCCUCAGUGGAGGGACGGCGAUGCAGACAAAUACCGACCCUCCUACAACAAGAGUCCUCAGUCCUUCAGUCCGGUUCUGCUGUCCAGCAGACACUUCAGUAAGCCUUGUCGGUAUCGGACAGGAAGCCGCGGUGGAUGAGUGCGUGCUGGCGACGAUGCGGUGGGGUCUGGUGCCAGCAUGGUUCAAGGAGAGCGACCCGAGCAAGAUGCAGUACAGCACCUCCAACUGUCGCAGCGAGAGCUUGCUGGAGAAAAAGUCUUACAAGGACCCUCUGUUGAAAGGGCAGCGCUGCGUUAUUCUAGCCGACGGCUUCUACGAGUGGAGGAGGCAGCAGAAGGACAAGCAGCCUUUCUUUAUUUAUUUCCCCCAGAGCCAGACGGAUAAUCGGGACGGGGACGAGAGAGAGACGAAAAACGGUGUUCGGCAUGAAGGACAGGAAAGGGACGCCGAAGAGAGCGGUGAGUGGGCGGGAUGGCGUCUGCUCACCAUAGCGGGGCUGUUUGACUGCUGGACUCCUCCUGGUGGUGGGGAGGUUCUGUACACCUACACCGUGAUCACUGUGAACGCCUCGCCAAACCUGCAGAGCAUCCACGACAGGAUGCCGGCCAUUCUGGAUGGAGAAGAGGAGGUGAGGCGAUGGUUGGAUUUCGGGGAGGUGCGCUCGCUGGAAGCUCUUAAGUUGCUUCAGUCUAAAUCCUGCCUUACGUUUCACCCCGUCUCGUCAAUCGUCAACAACGCGCGCAACAACUCCCCCGAGUGCCUGCAGCCGCUGGACCCAAACGCCAAGAAGGCUCCUCCUCAAGCUUCGGCCAGCAGCAAGAUGAUGAUGAGCUGGCUGAAAAACGGCUCGCCCGGUAAGAAGAAAGCACCCGAUGAUGCCGAACUUAAAGAAACGGCAGGAAAGUCUCCGACGUCCAAAGCUGUCGGGCCGCUGCGGCAGUGGCUGCUGGGAAACGGGGCCAGCAAGAGACCAAGAACAUAACGCUCCCAUACUUUGACGAUGUUGGCAUCACUGAAUGCUACUGGAAUUCUUUUGCUGGAUUAAUGAAUGCUCUGAUGGAAGUUCUGCUUCACUUCCUGAGACACUUGAGUAUUUUAAAACCAAUACAUUCAUUCACUAUAACUCCGAUCCUGCAGUGCAUUUUCUGUGCCUAUUGUUUUAUGAUUUUUACUCCUGUUUAACAGUUUGGGUUGCAGCACUUCAAAAAAAAAAAAUAAAAUUAAAAAAAAAAAGCCAGUUCAAAUCUAACGCAUACGUGUUGUACUGUAUGAUUCCGUUAUAUUAUGAAAGAAAGGACUGAUGAUUAGCUCCCCAUUUCAAGCUCUCUGCUUGGGUGGACUGGUUAAACAGAGGCAGUGUAAAAAAAAAAAACAUUUAUUAUCUAUAAGAAAGUAAAAAGCCUCUAAAUGUUUUGCAUUAUUGCUAAUAGGCAUUAUAAGUGUAUCAGGGUUAAAGUAGCAGUUCAGUGGGCUGUUGAGAACAGUGAAGCUGUCUGACAGCUUACUUUCGCAAGUACAAAUUUAACGUACUGUCUCUCUAAUUUGUUUCCCUUUGACUCGCUCUACUAAUUCAAUUUCUUCAGAUCGUUACUUGACUACUAAAAGUUCGGGACAAUUCGCAGACCGAGUGAAAAAUGUUCGUCUUAACCGAAAACGUUCCAGCGCCUGCCGAUGGUCACAAUGCUGUGCGUAUGAAAACUCAUUAAACCUUAAGCAUACAAAAAGAAAAAGUACUGCGCAAAAGAUUUAUUCAACAAGUUUUUUAAAUUUUUUUUUAUUACUUUGAAAUACAUUUAUUUUUCAAACGAUGUAUAUGCUGUGCUGUAAUAAAUGUUUCAUUAGUCACGAUGGAUGCUUCCCAUGUCCUGUUCUGUAGUUUUUGCAUUUUUUUUUUUUGUCCAUCUAUUCAGGUCAAAUAAUAAUAAUAAUAAACAACAAUAAUAAUAACAAUAAUGAGAGAAUAAACAGAUUGUAAAAUAUCCAAGGGAUACCAACCGGUCCAUCUGCCACCCUGAGGCGGAGUGAGGAGAAAAAAAAAACAAAACAAGCAGAGUCACUAACAAUUUGCAGUGAGCGGUCCUGCUCACGAGACGGGUGACGAUUUAAAACAAACAAACAAACAAAAAAAUCCCAAAAUAUCAUAGAAUUCUAAGGUCACCGCUAUGGUACUGAUUUUAGUGACCAAAUCUUUAGUCCCUAUCCUCACACCACCAGGCUUGUUGGUACGACUCUUUAAAUGCAACACUGUAUAUUAAUGAGCGAAAAGCAAAUAAAGCAAGAGAGCAUGCUUUUAAGAGUCGAACUGCGACACGCGAAGCUUCCUGUCGAACCAGAGAGAGCAGACAGUCCUGAUACCAACAGAGCUUUAAUACACCGCUAUAUUACACAGCCCCAUCCAUCUACAUCACAUCUUAUAGGUUCCAGUUAACAAGGUGG